AGAACAGCAACAACAACAGCUGCUAGUAGAUAUAUAUAUAUAUAAAAAAAACCGUACAUCAUUUAUGUAAAACUUACAUACAUUUUUUGUCGAGGCACCCAAGCAAAGUAAUAUUUUGCAACGUAGACUCUUAGGCGUCGCACACAAAAACAACCCAAGAACACAACAGCAACAUCUCAACAGCAACAUCUGCAACAUCAGCAACAUCUGCAACAUCAGCAACCAGAGCAACAUACAACAUCCAUCCGAAACCGCAAACAUUCAACAAUCCACCAUCGCCACCACCACGAACCACAUGAGCCUGAACAAGAUCAAGAAGCGGGACGCGAGCGACUUAUGACUGAUGCGCUCCAAGGGCAACGUCGGCGUCGGCGUUGGGGUCAACGUCGGCGUCGCCGUUGGCAGCGGCAGCCGGUACAAGGUGACGGCCCGCUGUGUGCCCGAAGUGAGCAUCACGUCGCCGACGACAGCAACCGGCUCCAUCCAGCCCAAGCACUUUGCCCUGCUCCGCAGUCGCUCGCAACCUUCGCCGCCGACGUCUAACAUCCUUUUCUCCACGCCAGGCGGGGCCACUCUGGUCGAAGAGGAGGAUUUCAGCUUGGCCAGCGGCAGUGGUACCGCGGUUAAGAACGUGCUUCAGCGCCAGCUGGCCACCACAGUUCAGCAGGAGGAUCCGGACCUGGAGCAUUCCGCGCAGGAGCAGCACACCAAGUUGUCCGAGCCGGCGGAACCGCCCAAUGAGCUAACGCCGUUGGUGGAGGAGCCCGGUUCUGUAGCGCCAACCACAUCGAGCCAGCGUUAUAGCCACAACUCCAAGACCACCCGCUCGUGGCCAGUCAUCUACCGGAAUCCACAUCACUGCGACUACGAGGCCUUGUACGUGCAACAGCAGCAGCAGCAACAGCAGAGCUUCAAGCAGAACUGCUACUCGAAUCAGUUUAAGCAGUCCAUCGUCUACUCCAGCAGCAAUGAGGAGUUGCCCGGCGGCGAGCCUGUAGCCUCGAGUUCCGCCGAUAACCGCCAGACGACGUGCUACUACUUUGCACCCAGCCGGCACAACAGCAUUUAUGAGCACCCCUCCUCGGUGGUUGGAGGAUCCCUGCAGUUCGAUAAUCCAACGACCACAGCAGCAGCGGCGGCGGCAGUCGAGAGCCUAAGGCGGAGCAACAGCAUCUUGUUGCGCCAGAACAGCUGCGCCAAGGUCAUUCAGCGUCGGGGCAGCGGUAGUGGUUCACCCAACUCACUGGGCUCCCAGAUGGAGGGUUUGGGAAUGGGCAUGGGCGGUAGGGGAGGCGGCAGCGCCUGUUGCUCCAGCUGCUGCAUGGGCCCGCCGCCGGUGCUCUUCCUGUUCGUCACUCUGCUGAUGACCACAAGCGCCACAGCCAUGCUGUGCGCCGCCAUCAUGACUGAUCACUGGGAGCACGUCACAUGGGACCGCAACAGCCUUGAUCGCUACUCCAAUCGAUCGGGACUGCAUCUGGAGUGGCUUCUCGACGACCAGGUGGCUAUGCUCAAGCCGGACAAGAGGGCAGAUCAUCGCUUUCGGCGCGACUCCGUAUUCCUGGUGCCCAUGCACGGCGGCAUCUGGACACUGUGCAUUGAUCUGCCCAUUCAGCAGCUGCAGGAACUGCGGCGCAAUCCUAAGUUCCCACGCGGUGCUCCGCCGUGUGUUAACUACCUGGCCGGCUCAAUGGAAAACGCACGUGGCGAGGAGCAGCGCAACGACUGGCAGCACAGUGAGUCACAGGUCACUCUGCAGCCGCAUCUGAGAAUGCAAAACCUCUCCAUAUCCUGCUCAUUGGUCUGCCUCAUCAUUCUGGGUAGUGCCGCCCUUGUGGGCGCCUUUGGCGUCUGCCAGCGCCAAAUCAGCGCCAUUUUAAUCACAGGAGUGAUGUACUUACUGGCGGCGCUGUUUGCCCUCUUCACGCUCAUGAUCAUUCACUUCAAGCGGCAGCAGGGACGUCCCAUGCUGGACAGCGACUACGAUGGCACGGUGGACGGAAUAGUGGCGCGACCAGGAGGCGUGGCCAUAAUGGCCAAGCCGCUGCUGGGAGCGCGCAUCUUCCUCACCUCGUGGAGCCUCGACUUGGGAUGGGGCGGUGUGGUGCUCUGCGCCAUCACCUCGGUACUGUGGAUCCUGCUCUCCAAGAUCAUGCGGUACAACCCCUUCUCGGCGCUCAUGAUUUAGCUAAACGCCUUGCCGCUCGGCG